AUUUCUAGUCAUCGGUUCUCGUUUCAUCAAAAUGGUUAACUUGACAGACAUUCUUGUAAAAUCGAAACGUUUUUGGACUGAUUGUAAGGACACAGCUAUUGGAUACCUGGACGCAAACCAUUUUCGGUGUUUGGUUCUGAUUGAAAUUUGCGGAGGAAUUAAGUUCAGCAAUGGCAAUCGUUGGAUGCGUAGCUGUAUGUUGCUGUACCGAUUAUUGGGAUUCUAUCAGUUUUGCAUGGCUUUGUUCAAAGCAUACUUCAACAUACGUUAUGAAACUGCAACCAUCACAUUGUACACGUCAUGCUUGAUAGUAAUCGCUUUCGUUGUAAGCUUCGUCAGGAUGUAUCAGAUACGGCAUUAUUCUGUCGCUAUUGAACAGUGCAAGGCGUUUAUAGUCGAUCAAUCGAACAGUUCCGGUGAUCCUUCUUUUGACCAAUCUGUUCGAAAAAGGUCCGCUCUUGUCACUCGAAACAGUGUGCUGAUAUUAUUUACGUACUUAUGUGGCAAUCAACUGCUUAUCUGGAUUCCAAAUGCGGCCCGUGAUCGCCUGUUUGGAAUACCAGAGCAAUUUAAAGAAGUAGGACAUGAGCUCAGUUUCGUCAUGCAGCAGAUGUUCGUUGGAACUUUGGCUGUUUUCUGGGACUGCCGAAUUUUCUACUCUACAUUAGUUAUGGAUACGCUGCUUAUGGGGUUGAAAAGUGAAUUUGAAAUUAUGCUCCAUGCUUUCGAAACCAUACCCGGUCGAAUGAUGGUGAAUCAAGGGCAAAAUCAUAUAACAUAUUUCAAGGGUAUGCUAAACAGGACUUUAGCACAACAUAUUAAACUCUGCAGACAUACCCAAAUGAUCCAGCCGUUUAUUAACAAUGCGUUUGCCGUGACAUACUACUUCGUCAUCAUGAUUGUUACCGGGACGGUAUACAUUGUGAUCAGAGAUGGCGCACUGAUAAGUCUCAUUGUGGUUGGAUUAACAGCCAUUUCAUACGCAUUGGAAUGUUAUUGGUGGUGCUACAUGAUUGAUUCCCUACAAGAAGUUGCCUUCAAGAUUUCCGAACCAGUAUCGAGACUGAUUUUUGAACUUUCACAUUCUUCGGUGAAUCACUCGGAAUAUGUACAGCUGCGAACAUCGCUCAUGAUAAUCCAAAUCAACGCAUCGCGACAACGUGAAUGGUUCAGCUGUGCUGGAGUAUUUCUGAUCUCCAGGGAGGUUUUUAGGAACCUGUGUCGUACCAUCUAUUCACUGAUUACGUUUAUGCUUGAAGUGCGUUAAAGCACUAACACCCAAUUAAGUUCUCACCAGCAGUGCUGUUGAACGUCUUGAAUAUCACGUGAAAUUGAAAUCUUAGCACUACGAGCCCCGGGAUCACGUAUUAGUUGUACCUUAAAUUUCAAACAACCAUACUUGAGCAAUAGUUCAACCGGUUUUCGAAAUUCUUUCACGAUCCCAUGUCGGUCGAGAAAACAAAUUCCAAGAAGUAUUCUAAUUUCCGUCUAAGCAUUUAUUUAUUUGACGUCAAACAUCUUGUAGACCAUUCUAAAUUACAUUGUGUUCUUAAUAUCU